AUGCAAGUGUCCUUCCAGGCGCGCAUGCUGGACCAGUUUGGGCGGCGGCUGGUGUUCAUGGACGCCACGUUUGGCGUCAACAAAUACGGCUACCCACUCUACGCGUUGGUGGUGCAAGAUGAGAGCGGGCGCGGGGUGCCGGUCAGCUUCAUGGUGUGCAGCUCGGAUACGGCGGAGGUGGUGGAGCACUUCCUGCGCACAUCGAUGGAAGGGGCACAGGCGGCAGGGGAUGGCACCUUCAAGUACAAGUCCAUCAUGAUCGACAAGUCGAAGACGGAGAUUGCAGCGGUGGACCAGCUGGUGUCCACCUGGCAUGCCGAAGGAUACCUGCUCGGCUACUUCCACUUCCUGCAAGAUUGGGAACGCUUCCUCAGCAGCGGCGACGCGGGUGUGCCUAAGGCUGAGCGGCACCGCAUCAUGCUGGCGCUGGCUCGCCUAGCCCACAUGCAAGACCAAGCGCCGUUCAAACAAGAGCUGGCCUUCUUCAUCUUGAGCAACAGCCAGCAGCACCUCCCGGUGGCGCAGCGCAUGCACAGCAGCUGGGUGCCGUGCGCCGAGAAGUGGGCGUGGUGGGGGCGGCUGGACGUGCUGGACCUGCAGUGCAACACAAACAACCUCGGGGAGCGCAAUUUUGGCCUCAUCAAGUACACCGACCUGGAGCGCAGGGCGCAGCUGACGCUGCACGAGCUGCUGCUGGCGCUGCUGACAAAGACAGUGCCCCGCAACAUCCAGAACCGCGCCCACAUGCUGGCGGGGCGGGUGACCAGCAACCAGCAGCAGCGCGAGCAAAGGGCAGCACUGUGGGUGCAAAAGCUGCGCAUUAUGAUUAAGGGGCGCGUCUUCCAGCAGCCCACCAGCGAGCCGUUGGGCGACGACUGGGGGCAGGAGCUGCGCAUGCUUACCCGCGUGCGGCAGACCAGUGCCACAGCCAUCAAACAAGUGGUUACCAAUGCCGACGACACCACAGCAGCAACACGCGCCGACCUGAACUACGUCGGCCGCACAGUGGCAGAUCUGCCAGAGGGGGAGGAGAAGCAGGCUCUGUGCCAAGCCGUGAAAGACCUGCGGAGCAAGGCGGAGGAGAUGCGCCAGGCGGCACGCUUGGAGCCCACCAAGGUGCGAGCCGGCAAGCAAGCGCGGAGGAAGCAGGGACGCAAUGAGCAGGACAGGCUCACCCGCGCGCUGCUGACCCGCAAGCACAAGAGCAGCUUGCCCCUGGCACAGCAGACGGCGGCAGCAGAGCGCAGCGACCCCUUGCCCACCCUUCGCCAGAAGGACAAGUCGGCAAUGAAGAUGCGUGGUCCCACGGUGCCUGGUAAUCGAAAUGGUACCACACUCCGCAACAACGGCUCGCAUCAUCGGGUGCAGAAGAAGCGCCGCACAGAGGCGGCAGUGGGGGCGGCGGUGUAG